AUGCAGGGCUCACGAUCACUACGGCGCGUGAUCGCCGAGCUGCCCAGAAGGCCCAAAAUUACAAUAAAAUGUAAUAUCAAGCGACCAUCAUGGAUAUGCACACAAUGCCUCAGCCAACAGCGAACACGCCUGAAACCCUCCCAGCUCCUCCGCCAACAACGCCGCUCAUAUGCCAACCCAGCAGACUCACCAGGCUUCACAUCAAUCGUCGACAAUCCGCCCACCCUCGUCCGUUCAGGCCGUAAACACAACAAAGUCGGCAUAAUAAUCCUCGCCACAAUCCCCAUCACAGCAUUCAUCCUCGGCUGCUGGCAAGUCCAACGCUUAGGAUGGAAAACCGACCUCAUAGCCAAAUUCGAAGAUCGCCUCGUCCGAGACCCCUUGCCCCUCCCGCCACGAAUCGAUCCCGACGCAAUCAAAGACUUCGAUUACAGAAGAGUCUACGCAAGAGGACGGCUAAUGCACGAGAAGGAAAUGCUAAUCGGACCAAGACUCCUCGACGGAGAAGACGGAUAUCUAGUCGUCACACCACUCGACCGGUCAGGGCAGUUCAAGGGUGAAAGCAACGAGGCAGAUACCAGAAUCCUCAUAAACCGAGGCUGGAUCCCCAAAGACAAAGCUCCCCAGUCUUCUCGCCCCGAAGGUCUCCCUAAAGACGAAGUCACAGUCCAAGGCUUAUUACGCGAACCCUGGAAAAAGAACAUAUUCACCCCCUCCAACGUCCCUGCAGAAGGAAAAUGGUAUUUCCCAGACGUAUACCAAAUGGCAGAACACUCGGGUUCACAAGCCGUGUGGAUUGAAGAGACGAUGAAGAGCGAUCUUAUAGAAACGUAUAGGAGACAAGAGAAGGGUAUACCGAUUGGGAGACCUCCGGAAGUGAAUUUGAGGAAUAAUCAUACACAGUAUAUUUUUACGUGGUUUUCGUUGAGUUUGGCCACGAGUAUUAUGUUGUGGAUGGUUUUGAAGAAGCCGCCGGGUGGGGUGAGGAUGAGGGUUAGGCAGAAUAAGGAGUGGUAG